AUGAAGGAAGAUGUUACACAUGGGGAUGGUCUGUGUCCCAGCGGGUUUCGGUUUGGCUUGGCACACACCAAGCCCACACGUCUGUCCUCCUGGACCCGGAUCCAUAUUUUGUUUAUCUUUACAGAUGUCAGCAUCUCUGCAUCAUCUUCUCUACAAAGCAAAGGGAAUCUUUCCUUAUUAGGAAAUAGGAAGCUCUUUUUUGACACUCAUGCUCUGGUGUGCCUUUUGGAAGAAAACGGGUUCACUACGCAGCAGUCGGAGAUCAUUGUUUCUGCCUUAGUGAAAAUUAUGAACACCAACCUGGAUAUGAUUUACAAGGACAUGGUCACCAAAGUACAACAGGAGAUUGCUCUUCAACAAAUAAUGUCCCAUAUUGGUGGCGUGAAAAAGGAUAUGAUUAUUCUGGAAAAAAGUGAAUUUUCAGCACUACGUUCAGAAAAUGAGAAAAUAAAACUUGAACUCCUGCAGAUAAAGAAGCAAGUCAUGGAUGAAAUUACAAAAGUUCGUGCAGAUAAUAAGUUGAACCUCAACCUAGAGAAGAGCAGAGUAAAAGAACUGUAUUCACUUAAUGAAAGAAAACUACUCGAAAUGAGGACAGAAAUAGUGGAAUUGCACGCACAACAGGAUCGAGCUCUAACACAGACAGACAGAAAAAUAGAUACAGAAGUUGCAGGUCUGAAGACAAUGCUAGAAUCGCACAAACUAGACAAUAUUAAGUACUUAGCAGGUUCAGUAUUUACAUGCCUUACUGUAGCACUGGGAUUUUAUCGUUUAUGGAUGUGAUACAGCAUCAUAUUGGACUUCUACUGUCUCGCUCUCUGAAAAGCGAGGAGGUUUUUU